AUGAACUCCCUCUUCAACUCUGCUUUGAAGCAGUCCUCUGCGAUUCGCAGAGACCUGGAUACCUUCUCAAAAUCUCCGAGCACCUCGUCCCCGCCCUUCAAGGUAUGCCCCUCACCCUGCAGGGCGAUCGCUCUUGCUGAUAUGCGAUGCGAAACAGGACAAAUUGCCGCAUCAUUGGCAUCGCUGUCAAGAACCGUCGACGACUACUCAGCUCUCUCAAAAAAGGAGCUGAUCCCCGAGAAGCAAGAAAAGGCCUUUGACCGGGUGAAGAACUUUCGGAGCGAGCUUGCAGAUUACCGAACACAAUUUGAGCGGCUACGCAAAGAACGAGAGGAAUCUGUAGCUCCUGGGACGUCGACCUCAUCACGCCGCAACCCCGAGAACCCCUAUACUCAAUCGAACCUACCCCAGACCUCCGCAUUCGCACCUUCCUCUGGCCUAAGCUUUGGAGCUGGCCCCUCAAAUCAGAGUCGCGAAGCGCAUGCAUUGCGCGAACAGUCUUUUUUCUCCCAUACCAACAGUCAGCUAGACGACUUCUUGGACCGCGGCCGGGCGGUCCUGGAAGACUUGGGUCAGCAGCGAGAGAUUCUCAAGGGGACUCAGCGUCGGUUAUACAGUGUGGCUAAUACUCUGGGAGUCAGCGGAGACACCAUCAGAAUGGUUGAGCGGCGUGCGAAGCAGGACAAGUGGAUAUUCUGGGGCUGCGUCGUGAUUUUCUUCCUGUUCUGCUGGGCUGUCUUGCACUUUCUGCGGUGA